AUGGUCACUGCCUACGAUGCGAAGUUUGGCGAACUUGCUAAGUUCUAUCAGCAUUAUGAUGGACCAAAUGGAGAAUUCUCGAAGUGCAUCAAGUUUGAUAACGGGUUGCGCCCAGAGAUCAAGAAGGCUAUUAGCAAUCAAAAUAUUCGAGUAUUUGCUGAUUUGGUGGAUAGUUGUCGAAUCUAUGAGGAAGACAACACUGCUCAUUGUAAGAUGAUCAGUGAGAAGAGGAAUAAGAAUUACCAGAACCGUGGCAAGUCGUAUGAUGCUCCAGCUGGCAAGGGUAAACCGGAAGUUGCUGAAGGCCGUCAGGACCACAGAUCUAGUGGGGGAGAUGCUCCUGCUAAUGUGACUUGUUUCAAGUAUGGGAAAAUUUGA